CUCUCUGUAUGUGUGUUUAUGUGGUCAAGCUAUAGGCAUCCGCAUUUCAAAGUAUUCUCAGUGUGUACGAGCCAGCUUGCUUGUGGGUUUAAAGUGUAAAGAGCAAAGCUUAGUCUUUGAUCAAAUCCAUAGAUAAAAAUCAAUUAUGGGAGAUGUUCUGACUGAAGAACAGAUUGCUGAGUUUCAAGAAGCUUUUUGUCUCUUCGACAAGGAUGGAGAUGGCUGCAUCACCAUUGAAGAAUUGGCCAUUGCAAUCAGAUCAUUGGAUCAAAAUCCUACAGAGGAAGAAUUGAAAAGCAUGAUCAAUGAAGUGGAUGUUGAUGGUAAUGGAACCAUAGAAUUUGGGGAGUUCUUGAAUCUCAUGGCAAGGAAAAUGAAGGAAAAUGAAGCAGAAGAAGAAUUGAAAGAAGCCUUCAAAGUGUUUGACAAGGACCAAGAUGGUUACAUAUCACCAACUGAGUUGAGGCAUGUAAUGAUGAAUCUAGGAGAAAGAUUGACAGAUGAAGAGGUGGAGCAAAUGAUCAAAGAAGCUGAUUUGGACGGCGAUGGUCUAGUUAAUUAUGAGGAAUUUGUUAGAAUGAUGUUGGCCGCUUGAUUAUAUGUGCAUCUCUAGUUUGAGUUUUUUUUUUUUUUAAAUUAUUUUUUUUAUUAAUA